CGUGCGCGGGGGCCGGCGCCAAUGGCGGCAGGCGGAGGCGGCGGCUGACGGGAGGCCUCGCCCGUCGCCCCCGGCCCGCGGCGCUCAUUCAUCGCGGGCGCCCGCUGCGGCCCGGCGCCGCUCGCCGCCAUGGAGGCGCUCAUCCCCGUCAUCAACAAGCUGCAGGACGUGUUCAACACGGUGGGCGCCGACAUCAUCCAGCUGCCGCAGAUCGUCGUGGUGGGCACGCAGAGCAGUGGAAAGAGUUCUGUGUUGGAAAGUCUUGUGGGGAGGGAUCUGCUCCCACGAGGUACUGGAGUUGUCACCCGGAGACCCCUUAUUCUGCAGCUGGUGCAUGUUUCCCCAGAGGAUGGUCGGAAAACAGCUGGAGAUGAAAAUGACCCUGCUACGUGGAAAAAUCCAAGACACCUUUCUAAAGAGAUCGACGCGGAAGAGUGGGGUAAAUUUCUUCACACCAAAAAUAAGGUCUAUACAGAUUUUGAUGAAAUUCGUCAGGAAAUAGAAAAUGAAACCGAGAGGAUUUCAGGAAAUAAUAAGGGGAUCAGUCCUGAACCUAUUCACCUUAAGAUUUUUUCAUCUAACGUCGUAAAUCUGACACUUGUGGAUUUACCGGGAAUGACAAAGGUGCCUGUUGGUGAUCAGCCUAAGGACAUUGAACUUCAAAUCAGAGAACUAAUCCUUCAAUUCAUCAGCAACCCAAAUUCAAUUAUUCUGGCAGUCACAGCUGCCAACACAGAUAUGGCCACUUCAGAAGCGCUUAAAAUUGCACGGGAGGUGGAUCCAGAUGGUCGAAGAACCCUUGCUGUUAUCACAAAGCUGGAUCUCAUGGAUGCUGGCACUGAUGCUAUGGAUGUGCUCAUGGGAAGAGUGAUUCCAGUAAAGCUUGGCAUCAUUGGAGUAGUGAAUAGGAGCCAGUUGGAUAUUAACAAUAAGAAGAGCGUAGCUGAUUCCAUCCGGGAUGAGUACGGUUUUCUGCAGAAGAAAUAUCCUUCCCUCGCCAAUCGCAAUGGAACCAAGUACCUUGCUCGGACACUGAACAGACUGCUGAUGCAUCAUAUCCGAGACUGUUUGCCAGAACUGAAAACUAGAAUAAAUGUUUUAGCUGCUCAGUAUCAGUCUCUACUAAACAGCUAUGGGGAACCUGUUGAGGACAAAAGUGCCACUUUGUUACAGCUGAUUACCAAAUUUGCCACCGAAUAUUGUAACACCAUUGAAGGAACAGCAAAAUACAUUGAGACUUCGGAGCUAUGUGGUGGAGCCCGAAUCUGUUACAUCUUUCAUGAGACCUUCGGACGAACCUUGGAGUCUGUUGAUCCGCUCGGUGGCCUUAACACUAUUGAUAUUCUGACUGCCAUUAGAAAUGCUACGGGUCCCCGUCCUGCCUUGUUUGUUCCCGAAGUUUCAUUCGAAUUGCUGGUAAAAAGGCAAAUCAAACGUUUAGAAGAGCCAAGCUUGCGCUGUGUGGAGCUGGUUCAUGAAGAAAUGCAGAGGAUUAUCCAGCAUUGUAGCAAUUACAGUACACAGGAAUUAUUGAGGUUUCCUAAAUUACAUGAUGCCAUAGUUGAAGUUGUGACCUGUCUCCUACGUAGAAGACUUCCAGUCACAAAUGAAAUGGUCCACAAUUUGGUUGCCAUCGAGUUAGCCUAUAUCAAUACGAAACACCCAGACUUUGCUGAUGCCUGUGGGCUAAUGAAUAACAACAUAGAGGAACAGAGGCGAAACAGGUUAGCCCGGGAGUUGCCUUCCACUGUGCCACGAGAAAAGUCUACUAAAGCUCCAGGUGCAUUGACACCUGCCUCCCAGGAGACUGUUGCUGCUGCUUCUGCAGAGGCUGAUGGCAAGGCUGCCCCGGGAGUGGGAGAUACGGCCCAGGAGGCUGGGACGGGCAGCUGGAGGGGAAUGCUGAAAUCCUCCAAAGCAGAAGAGGUGCCGGCAGAGGAGAAGUCCAAAUCAGCUGCAGCCCUUCCUGCCAGUCCCCAGAAGGGACAUGCUGUAAACCUCCUGGAUGUGCCUGUUCCUGUGGCGCGCAAGCUUUCCGCCCGGGAGCAGCGAGACUGCGAAGUGAUUGAGCGGCUGAUUAAAUCUUACUUCCUCAUUGUCAGGAAGAACAUUCAGGACAGCGUGCCAAAGGCAGUGAUGCAUUUUCUGGUGAACCACGUGAAGGACACUCUCCAGAGCGAGCUGGUGGGACAGCUGUACAAAUCCUUGCUGUUGGAUGACCUUCUCACUGAAUCCGAGGACAUGGCACAGCGCAGAAAAGAGGCAGCUGACAUGUUAAAGGCCCUGCAGCGAGCCAGCCAGAUCAUUGCAGAGAUCCGGGAGACGCAUCUUUGGUGAAGACGCCGCCAGUGUGUGCGGAUCAGAGGACACCUCGGCUUGGAAAUCGCUAGGCCUGGUGUACGGAGUAGAACUUUUAUUUAUGAACUCUUAGCUGUGUACCGCAACUGUGUAAAUCUGCUCCUGUAAAGACAGUUGGUUUGAUUUGCAAACAGAAAAAAAAAAAUAUGCUGUAUUUUGCAAAAUGUCAUAUUUAAUCUACAUAAUAAAUGGCUCUAAAUGUUUCCUUACCAGCUUUCUGGUGCAAAUUAAAGCAGACCAAGUCUACUGUCUCACUGACAGUCUCGUUGAACUUGGGGAAGAGAAACAUUGAAGUUCCAGUGCCUGACUUGCUAAACAGGUUGCCUGUGGUUUAAGAUGGACAGUGUAGUCUUGUGGCAUAGUUUCAGCUGCUUUUACAGUAGAGGUUUAAAUACUGUGAAGAGAAGAGAGCACCACAUAUUCUCCUUCCUGGAUAUAUUGCAUGCACUAUGGCAGAUGGAGAUCUCAGUUUUAUAGCACAGUAGAGAUGUCUGCGAUAUUACUAUGUGUGUGUGUGUCCCCAUUUUCUUCAGAAUGUUAAAACUGUGGACAAAACUUUGAACUUCAUUUAAUGGGGGUUCAGUUAGGGUAAAAUAGCCUGGGGCUCGCAGAGAAGCGACAGCCCACUGAGAGUGGGUGCCAAGUUGUUCAUGUGCACUGGGGUUUGUGUGUAGGUGUUGGGGAAGAUAAUCAGGUGCAAGAACAUCUUCCUCUCCCUCUCUCCCGGGACCAAGCGCCUGGACCAUCCACUAGGAAAUUUGUUCUGGCAGAAUUGAAAAAUAAAAAUGAAUUUCAAAACUGUUACGGGAUAGUGUUUCUUUUUAAAGCAGAUUAAGUUGGCCUGGCGGAAGGGGAUCCUCACAGUUAUUUUUCAGAUUUUGGAAUGUAUGGCAGUAAGAAGAAGUGUGCGAGGCUGGAGUUUUCACCAGUAUUUACAGUUACUUGAGAAAAAAAUUCACAGUGCUGUCUGUUUUUUCUUUCUUUUUUUGAAGACAAUCCAUUUUGUUUAGAGUUAGGAACAGUUGGGUUUGAAAUUAGUUUGUUAUUUUAUUAUGAUUUUAAUUCAUACAGGUAAAUAUGGAUCACACUAACCUUGAAAGAGUGGAUAUUUACAUUUUUAUGAGUUAAAAAUCUAGUCAGAUUCCAGCACAUUAGUGUGUACUUUUCGAACACAUUUACUUUUUUGUAUGAAGUGAAAAUGUUUGUUACGAUGUUGCCGAUGUCUCGUCUUUAACACAACUUGCACGAAACAUAAGACGCUGCUGUUGGCAUCCAUGGCUUGCUGUUAGAAAAUCAGGCCAGUAGAGGGAGGUUUUUAUUCCCACAUUGAAUUUCUUUCCGUUUCACAAUUAACAGAAUGGGAUGCCUUUUCUAAGCUGCUAAAGAUGGAAAAUUUAAAAGUCCAUUUUUCUUUGUCUUGGCAGUUUGGCACCAGUGUAUGCACCUAGAGUUCUCUGACAGAUGCAGUUUUGGGUUGUUUUAUGAAUUAUUUGAAAUAACUUAUGCAAGACAACUGUAUUCUGUAUGUUUAAUAAAAAAAGUCUAAAUUAAAUUCAUGAGAUGUGAAGUAUAUGUAAUGACUGUAACAGAAAAGAUGUUAAGUGCUUGCACCUUGUCUGGGUGCAUUUCCUUCCCAGAUUUAGGAAAUGUGACUGUUACAAGGUCUAGCAGUGCAAGCCACCUUUCAAAUCCCGUCUGAUGAACAGCUGAAGUUGACAGUCCUGUGGUCAAAGACACAAAAUUUCUAGUUGGAAUCCACCUGCCAUCUGGGAAGUGUUUUUAGGAAGGCAGAACCUCCACAGAGUGGACGGCUCCCAAAGGAUUUAGCGCUCACAUGUCACUCGGCAGUGCUGUCCAGGGAAACACCAACUUGUAAAGUUACAAAAUGCUUCUCCAUAAAGCAAAUGACUUCCAUGCAUUUAAGGAACUCUUGCAAGUUAUAGCUGGUGGCAUAAUGUCAUGUGAAAUUUCUGAAGUGUUACUUUGUUUUUUGAAACAUUACUUGUUUUCUGUUUCACCAGAAUUUUAAAUUUGAUAAUGUGCAAGUGCCAAGAAAUGAAUUGAUUGUCAUCUUCAAUGCAAAUAUUUAAAAAUCCAUGCUGUAACAAUCCUUUAAUAAAAAUGUAGUAUGCGAAAUUAAUUAUCCCAGGAAAAGAGUUUUGGAAUGACUUGUAGUUCA